AGCCACGAAGAAAUCGUCAAACCACUCCAUUGAUUUCUCCAUCACUCAUCAAUCAUCAUUUGAAUUCCCAGUAAUUCCUUAAUGAUGCGAUGGUCAACACUCUAGAUCUCCUCUACAGCUCGAAACCCCUCUGUCAAUUCCCUCCAUCUAAUUAGUUGGAUAACACUUGAGAGCAGGGGAUGGUAGGCUUCAAGGCCAUGGGGUGGCUGCCGGAGCCGAAGAAAGACGGGAAGAAUCUCGGAAUUCUCGCAUUCGAGACGGCGAAAACGAUGUCGAGAUUGAUCUCUCUCUACAAAUCGGUCUCCGACGAAGAGAUCUCGCGCCUGAGAAACGACGUGAUCCGAUCUAAGGGAGUAGCGUUUCUGAACUCCGGCGAUGAGAAGUUCCUCCUGAGCUUAGCCAGCGCGGAGCGCCUCGAGGAUCUGGAUCACGCCGCUGCGGCGGUGGCGCGGCUGGGGAAGAAAUGCACCGAUUUCGGUCUGGAGCGGUUCGAUCUGGUUUAUAAGGAGUUGAAGAGAGGGGUUUUGAACUCCGGGAAGGUGAGGUACGGAUCGGCGACGGCGGAGCGGAAGAUCCGGAAGAUGGAGAGGCUGGUGGCGGCGACGUCGGGAUUGCAUGCGGCGGUGGAGUCGCUGGCGGAGAUGGAGGUUUCGGAGAGGAAGAUGAAGCAGUGGAAGAGUAAGGAUAACGAAUUGCACAAGGCGAAUUACGAUAAUUUGAUUCAUAAAUUGGAGAUUCAGCGCAGAGAGAUUCGCAAUUUUAAGGAGAUUUCUCUGUGGAAUAAAUCGUUUGAUAAAUGCGUUGAUUUGAUGGCGAGAGUCGUGUUCGUCGUGCACAGGCGCAUCUGCGCUCUGUUCGGGCCGAGAAAGCGGUUCCCGAUGAAAGAGAAAGUGUUCCCGCAUUCGGGCCCGCUUUUAACCGCGUCGAAGCCCGUUAUGGUCCGGUUCUACAGCCGGAAAUCGGGUAUUUUUGAAGAGGAGGAAGCCGGUCCGCAGACGAACCGGGUUUUCCACUCGGCCAAACCGGAAACAGUGGGCGGUUCAGGUCUGGCCCUGCGGUACGCUAACGUGAUACUAACGGCGGAGAAGUAUUUGGACUCUGACGUGGCAAUCAGCCACGUGGAGAGGGAAUCUUUCUACGAGAUGCUGCCGGAGAAUCUCAAGUUUCAGGUGAGGGCGAAGCUGAGCAAGAACAUGCGGUGCGCGGGGGUGGAGGAGGGCGACGCGCUGCUGGCGGAGGGGUGGCGGGACGCGGUGGCGGAGAUACUGCGGUGGCUGGCGCCGGUGGCGGACGACACGGUGCGGUGGCAGAUGGAGCGGAGCUUUGAGAAGACGAGGUUCGACGCGAGGCCCACGGCGCUGCUGCUGCAGACGCUGCAUUUUGCGGAUAGGGAGAAGACGGAGGCGGCCAUCGCCGAGAUCUUGGUCGGGCUGAGCUGCGUUUUCCGGUUUGAGAACCGGCGAUUUGUUCAUUGCGAUGAGUUUUAUUGAAAUGUUUCAGUCCCCAUAUAUCUAAUUCAUACAUAUUGAUACAAACAGUAUGAAGUGUGUACAGUGAUUGCUUAAGAGUUAAGAGUAUUAAUUUGGUGAGUGAUAUCAAUUCUUGAUCAAUUGAACCUGAUCAACAUUUUGGAAUGCUAUUGAGUGUCAUUACUAACCCAUGUCGUUUUUCUUUUACAAGUUGAUUUAGUUAAGUCUAUAAAAUGUUGUUAUUUUUGUUGA